GAUCAACGAUGAUUUGACUGUUUUCUUAGACGAACCUCUCGGUAAAGGUGGAUUUGGAGCAGUCUUCAAAGGCAGCUACAGGGGCGAGAUAUGUGCAGUCAAAUUGCUGCUUCACGAUGCUAUGGAGAUGCAGGCAUGCAAGUAUUCCAGUCUGCAAAAACGAAAAAGCUAGCAAUGCAAUUGAUCGUGAGAGUGAUUUUCUCAAGUCGUUCCAGCACCCAAAUGUUGUUCAGUUUUUGUCGACUGCCAAGCACCCCAAAUUAGGUAGUACAAUCCUCGUUGUUGAGCUGAUGGAUUGCAAUCUGGGAUCCUAUUUCUCCGGCCUUGAUGAAGAGUCCCUCACUAGCGAAUGUGAAAUUAGCCUCUCCAAAGACAUGGCUUGUGGUCUGGCCUACAUUCACAGCAAGCAGAUCAUCCAUCGUGACCUCUGUGGCGAUAAUGUUUUGCUGAAGCUUAAACAGCCGCUGCCUGUUGCAAAGAUUUCCGACUUUGGCAUGUCACGGCUAUAUGAUCCCUCCAAGCUUAGCCACUCCCUCACUGCCGUUAGUCACCGCAUAGGUUAUCUACCUCUCGAGGUUAUUCGAUUGGAAGAGGAGAAAUACGAUAAUAGCGUCGAUGUUUUUUCCCUUGGGGUGAUUAUGGUACAGAUUGUUUGCAAGCUGAAGACGAUUAAAUCACCCAAGGAUCGAUCAUUCCAUGUUUCCCAGAUCCCUCACACACACAGGUUGAAGAAGCUUAUCGACAGUUGUUUGCAAGAAGACAUGAGGAGGAGACCAUCUGCCAGGGACAUCUCAUCACAAGUCUCGAGUCAUCAGCUGAUCAUAGAGAAGACAAAGCUCACUCGUAAGAUACAAGAGUACAACAGGAAGACCACUCCCGUCCACCACAUCCACCUCAGAAGCUCACACAAUGAUCCCAGUCUGAUUGAGUACCAAGGGUUCGUGAGGGUUCACAUGUGUGUACAGCGACCCAUACACGUCUCCAUGGCGAUCACUCGUGCCUCUUGGUAUCGUCUCAUGAGGCCAGUCAAAGAGAGGACCACCAACUCAGUGGAUGGCAUGUCAGAUGGAUUUGAGACUACAUUCUACCUGCCCACUGACACCAACAAAGUGGUACACAUCAUCAACACAACCACCACCAAAGAGUUGGUGUCCAUUUUGCUCAAGAAAUUUUGCGUAACUGACAAUCCAAAGAAGUUCUCAUUGCACGAGGAAUAUGGCAGUGACUGUCGGCGAUUGUUUGAGGAGGACCACCCGCUGGAGAUCAUGCUGGAUGGCAGCUGUGCUCAUCGUAACAGCAAGCUAGUGCUCCGUGACAACACAUACUCAACCAGUGCAUCGUCUCCCGUCCCAUCACACACACACCAAAACGGGACGAAAUCUACGGCAGAUAUGGACGAUUCGUCACUGGCGUCUAAAAUACGGGACACCCUUCGAAUUAGCCGUCCCAAGAAGAAAGGCACCAAAGGAAAAGGACUUGCUUACUCCAUAGCACCUGUUGAAAUCAAUAUGAAUGCGUCGUCGAAAUGGCAAGAUCCAUUCGAGACAAGUUGUUCUGAGGGUACAGAUGCUAAGGCUAGUCAAGAUCACAACUUCAAGCCUGUGUCUAUCUCACAUAAUAAGCCAGAGUACUGUGAUGUAUGUGGGGAGAUUGCCUGGGGGCUCUACAGACAGGUGCUCAAGUGUGCCAGUUGUGAGUUCAUUGUCCAUUGCAAGUGUGAGACUAAAGUGACCGUCACUUGUUCCCAUGCUGUCCUAUCACAUGACAAGCAGACUGCAUUCUACCUGCCCACUGACACCAACAGACUGGUGAAAGACAUUGAGAUAAUAGCAGCCACAGAGAAACAGCAACAGGCAGAAGAGAAGAAAGAGUCUACCCCGCCCCUUCAGUUGGUGGUGUUGCGAAACCACUCCUCCCAGCACUCCACUAGUGACAACACUCACACUGAGUCAGGGUCAUCCAACACCAGCAACAGCACAAGCUCCACCUCCUCCUCACAAGUCUCGAGUUAUCAGCUGAUCAUAGAGAAGACGAAGCUCACUCGUAAGAUACGAGAGUACAACAGGAAGACCACUCCCGUCCACCACAUCCACCUCAGAAGCUCACAUAAUGAUCCCAGUCUGAUCGAGUACCAAGGGUUCGUGAGGGUUCACAUGUGUUUACAGCGACUCAUACACGUCUCCACGGCGGUCACUCGUGCCUCUUGGUAUCGUUACAUGAGGCCAGUCAAAGAGAGGACCACCAACUCAGUGGAUGGCAUGUCAGAUGGAUUUGAGAUUGCAUUCUACCUGCCCACUGACACCAACAGACUGGUACACAUCAUCAACACAACCACCACCAAAGAGUUGGUGAACAUUUUGCUCAAGAAAUUUUACGUAACUGACAAUCGAAAGAAGUUCUCAUUGUACGAGGAAUAUGGCAGUGACUGUCGGCUAUUGUUUGAGGAGGACCACCCGCUGGAGAUCAUGCUGGAUGGCAGCUGUGCUCAUCGUAACAGCAAGCUAGUGCUCCGUGACAAGACAUUCUCAUGGGACGUAUUCGCUCUGCCUGAACUCACCAACUUCAUUCGGAUACUCCAUCAGCAAGAGGAGAUAUACAUAAAUAAGCUGAAGGCAAGGUUUGCUGCCUGGAAGCAGUGCAUCUGUCACGCUCAGAAGGAGGCGUGUAUGGAGGACAUCACGAAACAGACAAGACAGAACAUAGCUAGCAGCUCAAACACUACCGACAUGGAGAAUAGUGAUGGUACCACUUCAAGUACAAGAAAGAAAAGCUCAACUAAAUCAUUGAACGGUCGUAGUUCAUCACCAGGACGAAGUGUAAGUGGCCCCGGUAGAAGCAGUAGUCCGAAUCGAAGCCCUCUUCCGAAGAAAAGCUCGAUGAGUUCAAGUCGAAGUACAUCGUCUCCCGUCCCAUCACACACACACCAAAACGGGACGAAAUCUACGGCAGAUAUGGACGAUUCGUCACUGGCGUCUAAAAUACGGGACACCCUUCGAAUUAGCCGUCCCAAGAAGAAAGGCACCAAAGGAAAAGGACUUGCUUACUCCAUAGCACCUGUUGAAAUCAAUAUGAAUGCGUCGUCGAAAUGUCAAGAUCCAUUCGAGACAAGUUGUUCUGAGGGUACAGAUGCUAAGGCUAGUCAAGAUCACAACUUCAAGCCUGUGUCUAUCCCACAUAAUAAGCCAGAGUACUGUGAUGUAUGUGGGGAGAUUGCCUGGGGGCUCUACAGACAGGUGCUCAAGUGUGCCAGUUGUGAGUUCAUUGUCCAUCGCAAGUGUGAGACUAAAGUGACCGUCACUUGUUCCCAUGCUGUCCUAUCACAUGACAAGCAGGUGGAGGACAUCGAGAUAAUAGCGGCCCCAGAGAAAGGGUUACAGGCACUGUAUCUCAAGUGGUUUUUUUGCAAUUUACUAUAUUUGCCCAAAACUUCCAAGUGAGCUGCAAAGGGCAGU